AAAAAAAAAAAAAAAAGAGGAUGCUCGGACAACAGCUUCUGAGGACGAUGGGCGCGAGCCUGGCGAAGAGCUUCCGGCGGGAGGUGCACUCGGGCCGAGCGCUCCGGUUGACGAGCACCUCGGACAACGCGUUGGGCCGAUUCAUUGAUAGGAGCGCCAAGCCGCCCCGGAUCUUGAUCACCGGCGGCCUCGGCCAACUGGGCACCGAGUGCGCCAAGCUGCUCCGCAAGAACUACGGCGACGAGAACGUCAUCCUCUCGGACAUCAUCAAACCCGUCGACGAGAGCCUCAUGAACGGGCCCUUCAUAUUUGCCGACAUACUCGACUUCAAGGGCCUCCAGAAGAUCGUCGUCAAUUACCGGGUUGACUGGCUCAUUCACUUCAGCGCCCUCCUAAGCGCCGUGGGCGAGCAGAACGUACCUCUCGCGGUCAGGAUCAACAUCGAAGGCCUGCACAAUGUCAUUGAACUGGCGAAGCAGUACAACCUGCGUAUCUUCGUGCCAUCGACGAUCGGGGCAUUCGGGCCGGAUUCCCCGCGCAACCCCACGCCCAACGUCACAGUGCAGAGGCCCAGGACGAUUUACGGGGUCAGCAAAGUCCACGCCGAGCUGCUCGGCGAGUAUUACCAUCACAAGUUUGGCCUGGAUUUUCGCUGCCUGCGCUUCCCCGGCGUCAUCAGCAGCGAUCCACCCGGUGGUGGUACGACCGAUUACGCGGUGGCGGUGUUCCACGAAGGCCUGUUGCACAAACGCUACGAGUGCUAUCUGGAGCCACACACGAGACUGCCGAUGAUGUACAUCGACGACUGCCUGUCGGCCCUCUUCCAGUUUUUGAACGCACCGUGCGAGCGGCUUCAGAGGCGCGUCUACAACGUCACCGCCAUGAGUUUUACGCCCGAGGAGCUUUUCGCCGAGAUCAAGAAACACCUGCCCGAGCUUCAGGUCACUUACAAUCCGGACAGCCGUCAGAAUAUAGCUAACACGUGGCCACAAGUGUUCGACGACAGCGAAGCUCGCCGGGACUGGGGCUGGCAGCACGAGUACGACAUGGAGAAGCUCGUCGUUAGUAUGAUCCAGGACGUCGGUGAGAAUUUUAUUCCCAAGUAUCAGCGCCUCGCCGAGGUCAGCAGUUACGUGUGAUUGCGCGUAAUUUAGUAGAAAAAA